CGGACGGCGUGAAGCGGGCGGGGGGCGACGGGCAGCUCGUCCUGCCCUCCCUCCGUCUCUCUCUCCAUCCCUCUCUCCCCUCCAUCCCUCCGCCCCGGCCGGGGGAGCGAGGUGCGGAGCGCGUCUUGGCGGGGGCUGCCAGCCGGGGAUCAUGCCGGGGGAGCUGCGCCUCGGCACCGCUUUCUCCUCGCCCUCCAUGGAGCCCGGACUUUUUCUACAAUGACUUUCCCCGAGCUGAGCAAUGGCAGCUUGAUUGGGAACCGGACGGGACAAGGCGGCCACAGCGCUGCCAACCGGUCCUGGGGGCUGCAAGGGGAGGAGAGCCCCGAGGGCAACGGCACCACUCUGACUUUCGCCGUGGAUGUACAGGCGGUGGGCGUCGGGGUCUUCCUGGCCGUCUUCAUCCUCUCGGCCAUCGUGGGGAACAUCCUGGUCAUCCUCUCGGUGGCUUGCAACCGGCACCUGCAGACGGUCACCAACUACUUCAUCGUCAACCUGGCCAUCGCCGACCUGCUGCUCAGCACCACCGUGCUGCCCUUCUCGGCCACCCUGGAGGUUUUGGGUUUCUGGGUGUUCGGGCGCAUCUUCUGCAACAUCUGGGCAGCGGUGGACGUGCUGUGCUGCUCUGCCUCCAUCAUGAGCCUGUGCAUCAUCUCCGUGGACAGGUACAUCGGAGUCAAGUACUCCCUCAAGUACCCCACCAUCAUGACCGAGAGGAAGGCGGGGGUCAUCCUCGUGGUGGUCUGGCUCUCCUCCAUGGUCAUCUCCAUCGGGCCACUGCUGGGCUGGAAGGAGCCGCCGCCGCCGGAUGAGAGCAUCUGCAGCAUCACGGAGGAGCCGGGCUAUGCCCUGUUCUCCUCCCUCUUCUCCUUCUACCUGCCCCUCAUGGUCAUCCUGGUGAUGUACUUCAGGAUUUACGUGGUGGCCAGGCGGACCACCCGGAGCCUGGAGGCAGGGGUCAAGAAGGAGAGGAACAAGUCCAUGGAGGUGGUGCUGCGCAUCCACUGCCGCAGCGUGCUGGAGGAGCCUCUCUCCAGCACCCGGAGCAAGGGCCACAACUUCAGGAGCUCCCUCUCCGUGCGGCUCCUCAAGUUCUCCCGGGAGAAAAAAGCAGCCAAGACUCUGGCCAUCGUCGUGGGUGUUUUCAUCCUCUGCUGGUUCCCCUUCUUCUUCAUCCUGCCUUUCGGUUCUUUCUUCCCAUCCCUGAAGCCCUCCGAAAUCGUCUUCAAGAUCAUCUUCUGGCUGGGGUACUUCAACAGCUGCGUGAACCCCAUCAUCUACCCGUGCUCCAGCAAGGAGUUCAAGCGCGCGUUCAUCCGGCUGCUCAAGUGCCAGUGCCAGCGGCGGCGACGGCCCAUCUGGAGGGUCUACGACCACCACUGGAGAGGGGCCUCCAUCAACAGCUCAGUGCAGGACUCAGAGACAGACCUAAGGCCCAGGAUUAACACCCUGAACAGCUCCUUCAUAUUUAACUCCUCCUUCCAGGAGAGAGCCAGUAAGAGGCGAACGCUCAGUUUCAAGGGCUGGAAAAUGCUCACCCCUUUCCAGAAACCAGCAUCCACCCAGCUGAAGGAGAAGAUGAACAGCCUUUCUAACAAAAUCCGGGGUGGCUCCAGCAAAGGGGGGGUGACAGCCACCUACAAAACAGAGGUGGAGUCUGUCUCGAUCGGGAUCCCUCAUGAUUUCACAGAAACCAUCGACUACCAAACCCAUGACUUAACAGACUGCUGUGGGCUGAGAGAAACAGAUAUUUGAAGCCUCUGGGGCAGCUGUCGAUGGUUUCUUUAGAGGCAUACAGCAGAAACAUGGAGGGAUACCAGCUGUGGGUCUGUCAGGCAGGCUGGAAGCAGCAAUCAGGUAUUAAAUGCAGUUGCCCAAAGGUUAUCCAAGCAUCCCCCACAUGGAGCUCAGCCCCUUCUGUGGGAUUAUGGGUUCCUCAAGUUAGAGCCAAUGGCAUAUCCCAUUCUACAGCCACAGCAGGAGGAGAAGCUGUGGAUAUGACCUUAGGGCUGGAGCUGUCUCCUCUGGUGGAUGGUUGUCUUUGGCUUUGGAAGAAACUGUGCAAUUAAGGGAAACCAGGAUGUCUCCUUUGCCUUAAAAACACCACAGUGAAAUCUAACAGAAAGAUUGAAUCCCGAAAGUUGCCAACCCUGCCUUAGUACACGUGGCCAUGUUUCCAUCCCGAGGCAGCACCCAGGAGGACUCUGCCAAGCAGGAGCUGGCAGCUGGUCCUUCGUGUGGGUGGGUUGGGAGAUUGUAGGUCCUGAGCAGGACAUCCAGACGAGGCCUUGGCUUUGGAGGGAGAGCAGGCUGGGGUAUUCCCGAGCAAGGCGGAGGGAUCCCGGCUCUCAGCCAUCAUCUCUGCAGUGGCCACAGCUUUGGCCCUUCCACAUCACCUGGUUUCAGGCCAGAGGAGUAUUCCAGAUGUGUGCACUGUUGCCAAGGGGUGUGCAGGUCUCUCUCCUCUAAUUCCAUCCCGUGAAGAAUUUCGCAUUUCACUUUCCAGUGAAACACUUGCAACCCACCUUGCUUUAGUGAACAUCCAUCCGUGACACACAGAGAAAUCAGCUCCUUCUGGUGUCAGUCAUCCCCAAACUUUCCUGUCCCCUUCUUUGCUCUUGAUGUUUUUCUCAAAAAACGCAGGAUAAAAAAUGCAUCCCAGGGGCUUCACUCAGGACAGAAGGAAAUGGCCUCAGGUUGUGUCAGAGAAGAUCUAGGCUGGAUAUGAGGAAGAAUUUCUUCACUCAGAGGGUGGUCAGGCACUGGACCAGGCUUCCCAGGGCAGUGGAGGAGUCACCAUCCCUGCAAGUGUUCAAAAGACACGUGAAUGUGGCACUUGAGGAGAUGUUUAACGGUGAGGGGGGUGGUGCUGGGUUAAUGGUUGGAUUCCAUGAUCCAAGAGGUCUUUUCCAACCUUAAUGAUCCUGUGAUUCCAUAAUGCAGGUCCUCAGCCAGCCUGUGCCGUGGCUCAGGAAAGGUGGGGUGGCUGAGUUUGGAAGUUUGCAUUUCUACUGCCCGUAGAGUCCAAGCUGAAGUGGAGCUGAGCUUCUCAGGAAGAGAGAUCUUCUCCCCAGUCAGGGUCACACUCAUGAUCCUUCUCCCAGGAGACCUCCCACGUGCUCGACACACCAAACUUUUGGUGGCUGCCAACAAUAGCCUUGGUUGUGUCAAAAGCAGUGACAAUUAAAGUGGGUUUUUUCCCUGCUCACAGCCCCAGAGUGUGAGCACCCCUCAGGAGGGCACCACGGCCUCCUCCAGGAAACUCAAGGAGCUGAAGCCAUGGCAAGCCCACCUUGACCAGGCAGCUCAGGAAAUGGUCACCCAGACUCUGCUUGGCCUUGGACUGCAGGCACUGGUUUGAAAAUUCAGAGUGUUUUAAUCAAAUUUUAGAAAAGGAGCCCCAAGGAGCGACCAUCAGGUUAGGCCAUGAGCAGGAUGUAGGUGAUGGAGGCAGAGGACGGAUCUGAGGUGAAGGGCCCCAAGCCAGGGAACUAAAGAACAGGAAUGUGAAGUCCUGAGGGGUGGAAACGUGUCCUGGGUGGAAACUGCUCCACAUCAGCACUGCCCCUCAAACCCAUGAGGAGCCUUUCAUGGAAGUGCCUGCAGCACAUCCAGCUCAUCCCACUAAGGGUGGCUGCCAAAGGAAGAUGAAAGGCUCCCAGGCACAGUGAGGAGAAUGUCACCUUUCUUUCUGAUGUUCUGAUUUGCUUUAAAGCAAAACAAAGCAGGAGGGAAGUUGGACUUUUUUAUUGUUUUACUCUUUUGUGCAGUGCGUAUUGAGACAAGAGAUCUGGGGCUGGCCCUGUCUCAAUACCCUUUACUUGAUGCAGGACAAACUGGACCAAUUAUUGCACAAAUACCAGCAGAUUUUGUCCAGAUAUUUUCCUCCCAGCAGCAAAUCCCAGCACUUGCACUGAACUCAGUCUCACAACCACCUGCAUUUUCUCCAGCAUCUGCUAAACCAGGCUGAGGUUGCCAGCUCUGCCCUACCAAAGCAGGGAACUUCUGUGGGAAAAUAUGGCUUUUAUCCCGUUUGUUUGGGUUUUAUCCCCUGUUUGUUUGGCUUUGGAGGGAAAUGAGACCUUACAGUGAUGAUGGGGUGACACAGAAAGUCAUUUUGAAGUGUGAGAAGUGCAGCUGCCACGGGUUUCCUGGGUGGUUUUGGGAUCCCAAUGGAAGGCACUGGCCGUGUGGCAGGGAAAGGAGCAGGGAGAGGACAGUCCAUGAGUGCAUCUGUGACCAGACAGACAGACAGACAGACAGACAUCAGAUCUGUGUUUAUAUAAAUGUGUCACUCCCAAAAUAACAGGCGUUCUCCUGCAAAUGGGCAAGCAUCCCUCUAUAAAUGAAGAUUUAGCAAAUGCUGGCAAGCAGUGCAUUCCUAUAAAUGAGCUGGUAUUACUGCUUAUGCUGCUCCCUGAGCUUUUCAAUAUAUAUAUAUUUUAUUUUUUUCUCCAGUAUUGAAAUAUUUAUAUUUACAGCCUCCAGCCCCUUGAAAGCUUUUCAAGAAGUUAAAAAAGAUUAGUCUGGAGUUCUGCUGCCUCUCCACCCCAAGUCUUUACAGACCUACAAGGGAGAAAAUAAAGUCUGUUCAAGCACACACAUGAGACACACACAUAAAUGCCCAAAUUCUGGCUCACUGUGUUUGAUCUGGCCUCAAGAGAUGCCCUGGAAGGUGCUGUAGGAAAGCCUUGAGCUCUGCUGUGCUGCACUCAGGUGAAAUAUUUGGUUUUCACCCUGUUUUCAUUUGGCAUCUUGCACCAGAAGCAGUGCCAGGACUGGACUCUAAGGCUGCUCGUGCAGAGUUUCAUUUCGAGGAGACAGGGCUGGCUUUGCUGGGCAGGGAGGAAGGAAAAUCUUGUAUGAAAUAUGACCUGAGUGUCUGGAAUUGAGCAUUUCUCCUUGAAACAUUUCCAAGUUUGGAAAAACGGGCUCAGACUUUCAGGAGGUAAAUUCAGUCUGAUCCCACAGAUUUCCCUGGAUCCUCAAGGGUGUGACCAGCUGUGGGAAUGGCCCUGCUCCAGCAGAUUUUCCAGGCAGGCCAUUUCCCAAAGCACCUGCACCUCAGUUAUCCAUCAGACCCCACCUCAGUGCACUGGCUCCAUGUCACAAUUGCAUUGUCAGACCUUGCUGCUUCAAGGAACCAAGAGUUGAGGGUGGAAAAUGAGUUUUUGUGUCACUGGACUCUCCCAAGUCCACGAGGGAAGGAAGGUCCCUGUCAGCCUGAGCUGGGCUGCAGCUGGGUUGCAUUACUAUUGUUUACAGUGUGUAUAUAAGUGUACAUUUUCUUUAGCAGAAUGUUGGAAUUUUUUAUGUAUAGAUUUUUAUUUUUCAUCCCCAGAUGUAUUUAUUAGCCGGAGUAUUUCUGUUUUGUGUUUCAGGUUCUGCCAGAUUGAUGUAAGCUCUAUGAAACAGAAUGCACAUAUUUUUGUUUGUUUGUACCAAAUACAUGCACAAACCUGUCUAAAACGC